UGUAGCCCUUCUAGGCAAUGAAAUCCGUGCUGUGUUGACGUAUAAAUUCUCUCGUUCUCUGUAGAUAUCUUCAGAAUUCAGAAACCUUCUUUCAAGGCUCGUAUAGAUACCAGUCACCCCACCAUCAUGAGGACCGUGCUUCAGAGAGUCAAGUCUGCAUCAGUGACUGUCGACGGCCAAAUCAUAUCUUCUAUUGGAAAAGGCAUCUUGGUGCUCGCUGCAGUCUCCAGGGAUGACACAGAGAAAGACAUAGAGUCAAUGGCUGCCAAGAUCUUGAAGACAAAACUUUGGGACGAUGUAUCAACGGAUCCUGUGGGACGGUGGAAACACAAUGUGAAGGAGAUUGAUGGAGAGGUUCUAUGUGUUUCCCAAUUCACGUUGCUCGCGACUACCAAAAAGGGCAACAAGCCUGAUUUCCACCAGUCCGCAAGUGGUGAUAAAGCUCGAAGUCUGUACGAUCAUUUCUUCAAGCAAGUCCAAGCUCUACACGGCGAAGAGAAAGUUAAGAAUGGCCAAUUUGCUGCGAUGAUGGAUGUUGCGUUGGUCAACGAUGGUCCAGUCACCAUUCAGAUCGAUACAAACCCACCAAAGGCAGCCAACGGCACUAAUGGUAGCGCAUAAUCCGAUAUCGAUGUUGACAUGAGCUUUGAGUGUCGCUGCCCCCUUCAGCCUCGAGAUCAUUCAAGAGCUCGAGUUGAGCAUUUUGAGAUAAGAUAACAAGGGAACUCAAUGGGCUGGGACGUAAGGUAGAUCACGUACUAUAGAUUCAAUACCCCGAGUGGAACUAGCGUCCCCUUCAAAUUCACAUGUCACUGUA